GGGGCUGCGACUGCGGGAGUGGGAGCGGGAGGGGGGCCGAAAGGGGAAUUCCAACCUGUGGAACUUCGGGGAUCCCGAGGUCGGCUCCUUCCUACUGACUGUGGAUAGUGCAAGAGACGGGGCCCCCUGGCGGCUUGUGCAGUUGUUGGGGCCCUCAAAGAUGAGGGAGGGCAAUGUCAUUAUGAGUGGGGUCCGGGACAUCCGAAUUUAGGAUCUAUUUUGGGGUUGCGUAUCGGGAAUCGAGCUCAGGACCUUGCGCGAGCCAGGCAGGCGCUGCGCCGCUGAGCUGUCCCGCGCCCCGAGUUUAGGGUGUUGAGGCCCUCGGAGCUCUGACACCGGGGAGAGGGAGCUUGGGCCGCCAUGCGGGACAGGACCCACGAGCUGAGGCAGGGGGACUGCAGCUCGGACGAGGAGGACAAGGAGCGAGUCGCGCUGGUGGUACGCCCGGGCACGGCCCGACUGGGAAGCCCGGACGAUGAGUUCUUCCGGAAGGUCCAGACUAUUCGGCAGUCUAUGGACAAGUUGGAGAGUAAAGUCCGGGAGUUAGAGAAGCAGCAGGCCACCAUCCUCGGCACGCCCCUUCCCGAGGAGAGCAUGAAGCAGGACUUGCAGAACCUGCGCGGUGAGAUCACACAGCUGGGGAGCGAGAUCCGAGCACAGCUGAACGCCUUAAAGCCUCAGAAGGAGGAAGCUGAUGAAAAUUACAAUUCUAUCAACACGAGAAUGAGAAAAACCCAGCAUGGCGUCUUGUCCCAGAAGUUUGUGGAAAUCAUCGACAACUGCAACUUGGUGCAGUCCGAGUACCGGGAGAAAAAUGUACUGCGCAUCCGCAGACAGCUGAACAUCAUCAAUGGCGGAAUGGUAUCCGAUGAGGAGCUGGAACAGGCUUUGAACAGUGACAAGAGUGAGGUGUUCAUAUCCAAUAUACUGAAGGACACACAGAUGACACGACAGGCCUUAAAUGAGAUCUCAGCUCGGCACAGUGAGAUCCAGCAGCUAGAGCGGAGCAUCCGGGAACUUCAUGAGAUCUUCACUUUUCUGGCUACCGAGGUGGAGAUGCAGGGGGAAAUGAUCAACCGGAUUGAGAAGAACAUCUUGAGCUCAGCGGACUACGUAGAACGAGGGCAGGAACAUGUCAAGGUAGCCCUGGAGAACCAGAAGAAGGCGAGGAAGAAGAAAAUCAUGAUUGCCCUCUGUGUAUCUGUCACGAUCCUCAUCCUGGCAGUCAUCAUUGGCAUCACCAUAGCAAUUGGAUAACGUGCGUGGCGUGCUCUUGGCACUGGGAGCACCAGGGACCCAGGGAACCCCGAGGCCCAGGCCUUCUUUCCCAGCAGCUGUGGGGGCAGAGUGGAGCCUCCAGCAGGCCCUGUCCUCAUCCUGGCCCCGUGUGGGGAGCAGUGGCUCUCUGGAGUUGGGAGCUGCUCAUUCCUGUGGCCUUUCCCAUUAGGCCGCCACCAGGGCAAAGGCCUUCAGUGUCCUGUUUGGCUGGGACACAUGGUUUUAUAAAAAAUUAAAAACAAACUUGCAGA